AGUGCAUACUGUACACAUUUCUUCGUCUGAUCUCACAAGCGGAUGGGGGCCAUACUACAGAAAAGACAACUGUUUGUACUUCUUUCAGCCCAUAUGCUAUUUUAGAAAUAGUCUAGACCCAAAAACACCGAAUAUCGCCUUCGGCUACAAUUCGAAACUAUAACUAAUACCUCCGUCUGUCCAUCCACCCAUCCGGCCAACACCGACUCCACUCCGCCCCCUCCCGCCUAUCUGCCAUGUCGACAAUAGCAACGCCCCGAGAGGCGCCGCGCCGGAUCCCGUCGUCCCAAACCCCAACAUCCUCGACGCGCCCUUCGUUUGACAACCCACGGUCGCAGGCCGCCUCUCCAAACCGCGGCACCGCCUCCUCCCCGGCCGCGCCUCUCCCCGCGGGUGGUGGUGCGGGAGCGGCGAAGCGCAACCGCGCCGCGCUGCGCGAGUACUACAAGAUCAAGAACGCCGUCCCGCCGACGCUCGAAGUGACAGACGAGACAGCGCCCGGCGACGACGUCGGCCACUCGGAGGUUCCGGCGUCGGAGCUGGACGCGCCCGGCUUCGACCCCCAGGCCUACGUCGCCAAGGCCGCCGCCGAGAGCUCGCUGACUGACCUGCUGAGGACCUACGCACGGGUGCUGGGUGAGACGAGGGCGCUGGACGCCGAGAAGAAGGCCUUGGUCUAUGACAACUACAGCAAGCUGAUCACGGCCACCGAGACGAUACGAAAGAUGCGGGAGAACAUGGACCCGUUAAAUCCAAUGGCGUCGACGCUCGAUCCCGCCAUUGCCUACAUCUACACCCAAGCAUCGUCGAUAAGAGAUACUAUGCGCAAGAACUUGCCGCGACCAGAGGAGCGCAGCGCUACGGCUGCCGAUGCGGAACGGAGGAAACGCACCAGGGAGCUGGCGAUGAUAGUAUUGGCCACCCCGGCGAGGCUACACGAGCUCGUGGCGGAGGGAAAACACGAAGAGGCUGAAAGGGAAUGGGAACUGCCCCGAAGAUUACUUGUCUCUUGGAAAGAACGAGGAUUAGGCGGCGACGAUGUUGCAACCUGCCUGGAUGCGGGUGAUGCCGCUUUAAGAUCUGUUGAGGACGAAAGAGAAGAAGGAGACGAUGACGACGAUGAUGACGAUGAAGGGGAAGAAGAAGACGAAGAGGAUGAGAAGGUCGAGAACGGGAACGACUGAGCGGAUUGCUUCCAAGUUCUGCUCAACAUCCCCGUCACGCAAGUAAUAUAUACCCACAUAUGAAGCCAGAACUUUGUAUUCGCCCUAAUCGCGGAAAAAUAAGGCUGAAAGUUUAAUCUAGACGACAUUGUGCUAUGGCCAGUAUUGACGUCCCAGCUUAUACGCUGUUCAGGUCCCAAACCUCAAAUGGAUCACUAUCUGCUUCGCUCACAAGCACACUUGCAGUCUGCGAGAAGUGCGCUCUUACCGCCUCGGAAAGCUUGCCUUGCAUCACAUCGCGCAAAAAUCUCCUCUCCGAGUUGCUGUGAAAGACCGUCAUCACCAUCUGCCCUCGCAUCGUCGCGUGCAGGGCUGCGUGGUGGCUCAUUUCGCCAGUGAUCAGCAUGUCGGCUCCGCAACCGCCGAGAACAUCCGCUCCUGAUCCCGCGCAGACAGCUACCGACGUGACUGUCGGAGUGCUGGCGUCGUCACCACGCGGCAUGCCCUUGGGGAAACCACGAGGUGUCGCAAGAGAGACGUAUCUCUGACCCAGCUUUUGCGCUACUGCAUGCACUACCCUGGGCCAAGGGAUGGGUUCACUGAACUUGCACACGCGUCCGUAGCCAGCGCCCUCGAACCCUGCGGGGAUUGCCGAUGUCACAG